AUGUCCUCUAAGCAGCUGACUCCUGCACAAAUGAAAGUGCUGAGUCAUAAGGCUUGCUUCAACACCACAGACGCCGAUCCAGUCAAUCUCGUGGCCACGGUAGAGUCGAUUCUCAAACAAACCGGGGAAUCCGACGAAACAAAGCAUCUCAUUCGACAGCAGGUAGCCUCCUUGGCGAUGUCACACAAACCGCGUGCAACUAUUACCAAGAGCGAGCAGAGCGCUCUCAAGACACUGAGGGCUGACACCAGCAUCGUGAUUCUACCAGCAGACAAAGGGCCUUCCACAGUUGUGAUGGAUAAGGCAGACUACAUUCAGAAGGCCAAUGCCCUACUGGAGGACCGACAGGCUUACCUACCAUGUAACGAUGAACCGAUGAGGAGGCUGGUGACGCAACUGGACAAGACACUCGCCGACAUGCAAACGAGCAAGGCAAUAAGUAAAUCGGUACGACUGGCCAUUAAGCCAGUACACGCGGCCGCACCAAGGUUCUACGGACUACCAAAGGUACAUAAAACCGGGGUCCCCCUCCGGCCAAUCGUAUCAUUGCUCGGCACACCUAUAUUCAAUUUGGCCAAAUGGCUGUUCCGAAACCUGAGGUCUCUCACCUCGGACGCGGGCACGACGGUCUGUUCAGUGACUCAGUACCUGGAGCGGAUCAAAGGGAUGAGACUUACCGAAGACGAGGUCAUGGUGUCAUUCGACGUCACCUCUCUUUUCACCUCGAUCCCGCAAGACCUGGCAAUCGAAACGGUCAGCGAGCUGUUUGAGAGUCAGUACGACGAAAAGAACGUGACGGUAAAAAGGAGACAUCUCGUCCAAUUGCUGAGAUUCUGCCUGAAGACGUACUAA